UAUACUCUCGUCCAAACAGAGCCAGCGUUUGCUUAUCGAACGGCAAGAUACAUCAUGACGGACAUUAGCCUAGGAAGUAACCGGAGUCUUUCUCUCAGCAGUGCAGCUAUAUUCAACAUAGUGUCAUAAUCUACAGGGUAGGCUAGAACACUAGUCAGACCUGGCUAAACGAAACGAUGUCAAGCUUGAGCAGAGCAAAAUCGAGGCUUUCAUUGGAUUGCUACAACUUUUCGUAUCUACAAAACAUGGGAUUAUAAUUACAAUAGGAACUGUCAAGUAGUCAUAGAUCACAGGCUCAGGUUAUAAUAGGUAAUUUCGUAACAAUAUGCAGCGAGGCAACAGGUUCAAGUAUUUCAUGCAAAUGUCGAUUCUUCCGAGUAAAGCGUCGUAGUGAUUGUUACUAUAUACGCAUGACAUACUCAUCCAUGUAUUGCAAAGACUGCCUUGUCUCAAUACUGUAGUCUGGACGCAGAAUCGGUCACGCGUGGAAGUGUCUGGACUUCGACGACGGUCUAGGGAUGCCAUAUUUUAUCGACAUCAACAAUUGAUAAUUCUCUACCCUUGAACUCACCUAAUAACUGUCACACUGUACUCAGUCAUGUAAUGUUCUGCAGAGUCGCAACAAAGAUCGCCACCAACGGUACCUUUUGCUACGUCUAGAAAAACUAUGUCACUACAAUUGGACCGGAAGUCAAAGAUCCGGAAGCAAGCUCAGAGACCCACUUGGUGCCUCAACAUUUUCGAAGCCCGAUGGAGACGAGGCAAGAUCCGUGGGUUCCUUUUAGAUGUUUGGGACUUAACGGUGUCGCUAUUUAUAGUGCUGGCUCUCAUUGCCUUGGCCGGAGCUCCGCUCUUUUGCACGCUACUGCUACACCCAGGUUAUAUGAAAUUCUGUGAUGAUGGCGAUUGUCCUGCGAAUUCGCGCUGUGUAAUAACGGCUAAAGGUGAACAUCACUGCCUGUGUGUGGGGGCUCGUAAAAUGGUUAAUGGCCAAUGCAUGCUCUAUAACGGCUUUUAUACCCCUAUGAAAGGAACCGGAGAAGAAGAAUAAAUACAACGAUUAUCACCGUACUGAGUACUAACACUGUCUUCAAGCGAUUGCAACUAUAGCUCCUGUGAGAGCCUAUGACCAGACGAUAAUUUCAUUUACCGUGACAUGGAUGUAGGCCAACGGAUUUCAUUGGUACACAAUAAAUUAUUCUGAUCUUCGCGUCACGCUAGCUCGAAACAUAAAUAACACUGUUUAACCAUUUUAUGUCGAAAGUACUAAAAAUGUUUAUUUAUGUUUAGAUCUAGUAACUUGCAUUUCGAGUGACAGUAACUAGAUAAAUGUAAGUGUCCCAUAUCGGAAAAAAUUCACCGGCUGUAUGUUCAGGUUAACACAGUCGAAGAAGAGGGCACUGCAGCCACCAUAUACGUAAAAGUACUUCGGGUAGCUUUAGACUAGAUGAACUAUUCACGCUAAACCAAAACAAGGAGACUUGUGGUUCUAGUAAAUGUGGUGAACUUAAAAUAUAUUCCUGCUACAUGUGUCAUAUAUGUUUCUAUAAUAUCGUGGAUGCACAGCAUAUAUUGACGUAUUAGA